UCUCACUUCAAUCGACGUCGCAGCAAGAAAUUUCUAGAGAGAGAGAGAGAGAGUUACGGAGUCAGGGAAGGAUGUCUGGAAUAGCCGCCAUGGAUGCACAGAGUGAUGCAGCACUAGCAGCCAAGAUGUCAAGGAAUCAUAGAAUUCGUGUUUCUAACACCAAGAAGCCUUUCAUCUUCUACCUUAAUCUCGCUAAGAAAUACAUCCAUCGUUACCAUAAGGUUGAGCUUACUGCAUUGGGAAUGGCUAUUCCAACUGUUGUUGUAAUCUCUGAGAUUCUGAAGGGAAAUGGAAUCGCAACUCAGAAAAUGAUCUCCAUAUCAACCAUCAAAACAAAAGAUGAAUUCACUGGAAAAUCGAUGCAGAAGGCUAAGAUUGAAAUUUUACUGGGAAAGAAUGAUGAAUCUGAUAAACCAAAACCUAAAGGAAUCACAUUGAAGAAGAGGAAUCCUAAACCUAAGAUCACAUUCAACAAAGAGAAGAUGAAUGAAACAAUAACAUCCCCUGAGAUUACUUCCUCUGAAUUUCAGGAUGAAAGUGUUAGUGGAAAAGAUGAUGAGAAGAAUGUGGAAAGUGUUAUUGGUUUUGUGUCACUCUCUUUAUCUGAUUCAUCUGAAACUGUUGAAAGUGAAACAGAUGUCAAGAAUCAAGAAAAUGAUCCCAUGAUUGAAUCUGAAGUAGUUGAAGAGAAGGUUGAUAUGCAGGAGUGAAAGUGUCUUUGGUAGUAGUGUUGUUGUAUGUUCUGAUUUUACUAGUUUGGUACAUACAUUUCUGGCAUGUUUACAUAUUUGGUCCCUCUAUUGAAAACAUUGUGGAAUUGGGAAAAAAAAAACACAACUAAACAUCAAUAACAAG